CAGCCUUCAGAAAAGCCGGGAGGUCAGCGUCGCACGUGAAGCAUGCUGGGAGUAGCUCUCUAGCCUCCCGGCAGCCCCAGCGACAGGCGUACGUAGGCGCUGGCUGGCCGUUCUCCGUAAGAUGGCGGACCGGCGGCGGCAGCGCGCUUCGCAGGAUACCGAAGACGAAGAGUCUGGUGCUUCCGGCUCAGACAGCGGAGGUUCUCCUCCGCGGGGCGGCGGGAGUUGCAGCGGGAGCGCUGGAGGUGGCGGCAGCGGCUCUCUGCCUUCCCAGCGCGGAGGCCGAGCCGGGGCCCUUCAUCUACGGCGGGUGGAGAGCGGAGGGGCCAAGAGCGCUGAGGAGUCCGAGUGUGAGAGUGAAGAUGGCAUCGAGGGCGAUGCUGUUCUGUCGGAUUAUGAAAGUGCAGAAGACUCAGAAGGUGAAGAAGGGGAAUACAGUGAAGAGGAAAACUCCAAAGUGGAGAUGAAAUCAGAAGCCAACGAUGCUGCUAAUUCUUCAGCAAAAGAAGAGAAGGGUGAAGAGAAGCCUGACACCAAAGGCACUGUGACUGGAGAGAGGCAAAGUGGGGAUGGACAGGAGAGCACAGAGCCUAACCCGGCAUACAUACCUCGGAAAGGGCUUUUCUUUGAGCAUGAUCUUCGGGGGCAAACUCAGGAAGAGGAAGUCAGACCCAAGGGGCGUCAGCGAAAGCUAUGGAAGGACGAGGGUCGCUGGGAGCAUGACAAGUUCCGAGAAGAUGAGCAGGCUCCAAAGUCCCGACAGGAACUCAUUGCUCUUUAUGGAUAUGACAUCCGUUCAGCUCACAAUCCUGAUGACAUCAAACCCCGAAGAAUUCGGAAACCCAGGUUCGGGAGCCCUCCACAAAGAGAUCCAAACUGGAUUGGUGAGCGAUCAAACAAGUCCCAUCGCCACCAGGGUCCUGGAGGCACCCUACCACCAAGGACAUUUAUCAACAGGAAUGCUGCAGGUACUGGCCGCAUGUCUGCUCCCAGGAAUUACUCUCGAUCUGGGAGCUUCAAGGAAGGUCGUGCAGGUUUUAGGCCUGUGGAGGCUGGUGGGCAGCAUGGUGGCCGGUCUGGUGAGACUAUUAAACAUGAGACUGGUUACCGGUCACGGCGCCUGGAACAGACUCCUGUGAGAGAUCCGUCUCCAGAAGCAGAUGCUCAAGUGCUUGGCAGUCCUGAGAAGGAAGAGGCUGCCUCAGAGAUAACAGCUCCUGCUCCUGACACUGCACCACCAGCCCCUGACAGGCCUAUUGAGAAGAAAUCCUAUUCCCGGGCAAGAAGAACCAGAAUCAAAGCUGGGGAUUCAGUCAAGGUUGCAGAGGAGGUGCCCCCUCCACCUGAAGGGCUGCCCCCGGCACCUCCAGUUCCAGAAACUACUCCUCCUCCACCUGCUAAGACUGGGAACUGGGAGGCUCCAGUGGAUUCUACUACAGGUGGACUUGAGCAAGACAUGGCACAACUAAAUAUAACAGAACAGAAUUGGAGUCCAGGGCAGCCUUCAUUCCUGCCACCACGUGAACUUCGGGGUAUGCACAACCACAUACACAUGGGAGCAGGACCUCCACCUCAGUUUAACCGGAUGGAAGAAAUGGGUGUCCAGGGUGGACGAGCCAAACGCUAUUCAUCUCAGCGGCAGAGACCUGUGCCAGAGCCCCCUGCCCCUCCUGUGCAUAUCAGUAUCAUGGAAGGACAUUACUACGAUCCUCUGCAGUUCCAGGGACCAAUCUACACCCAUGGUGACAGCCCUGCCCCACUGCCUCCUCAGGGCAUGAUUGUGCAGCCAGAAAUGCACCUUCCCCACCCAGGUUUACAUCCCCAUCAGACACCGGCACCUCUGCCCAAUCCAGGCCUCUAUCCCCCACCAGUGUCCAUGUCUCCCGGACAGCCACCACCUCAGCAGUUGCUUGCUCCUACUUAUUUUUCUGCUCCAGGAGUCAUGAACUUUGGUAAUCCCAGUUACCCUUAUGCUCCAGGGGCUCUGCCUCCCCCACCACCUCCUCAUCUGUAUCCUAAUACGCAGGCCCCAUCGCAGGUUUAUGGAGGAGUGACUUACUAUAACCCUGCCCAGCAGCAAGUGCAGCCAAAGCCCUCCCCACCCCGGAGGACUCCCCAGCCAGUCACCAUCAAGCCCCCACCACCUGAGGUUGUAAGCAGGGGUUCCAGUUAAUACGAGUUUCUGAAUAUUUUAAAUCUAACAUGAUAUAAAAAACAGCAGAAAUGAGAACCCAGGGAAGAAGAGAAAUACAACUGGCCGUUUACUACCUGGAGGGCUUCAAAGAUAGAGGGUGGCUCCUGCCAGCAAGCAGCUGAAUGAGGAGGACCCCUGCCUUCCUCUAAGGCUCUGUUAGAAAAAGGGAGAAACAAGUGGACUUCCUCUCAUCUCCAGUUUUUACUUGAGUCGGCUGUGCUCAGAGGAGCAGAGAUCCAGACAGCCCAGGCUUCUGAGUCUACAUUUAGAAGCCCAGAUCUUUGGCUUUUCUUCACUUUCUUUUGGGAAAUUCAAGUGUCUUCUGCACCCAGGGAAACUCCUUUCUAUUUGUUUUGUUUUCUAAGACGUUUGUUUUUAAAGCCUGGCUUGCUAUUCUUAAUAUUCUUUUAGUUUCUCUCUCUCUCCCCUGUCUGCAUUUAAAUGAAACAAGUUUAUUUUUCUGGUUUGCUAGCUCCCCUGGUUCCCUUUUGGUUCUUCCCUGCAUCCAGAUAAUUGAAAAAUUACCAGCAGCCAGUCUUUUCACACCAAAUCUACAAAGAGCUCGCCUUUUAUUUUUGGUUGGCCUUUGUUGUUAUAUACUUGGAUUAUACUUAGAUUCUCUUAACUCCUCUAACUCUAUGGAACGGUUCUCUGCACAGUUUCCUAUGGUGGAGAAAAGCUCAAAGUAUGUGGUAGGAACACUUCUUCCUGGCUUCGGUUAUUGGGAGUCCGCGCUUCCAUUCUGGUGGGCUUCAGGCCUCUGCUGAGGGCAUAGUCCCUACAGUAGGGAGAAGUGGCAGACCAGAUGUUUUCGUGAGGAAGGGAGGGUGGAGUGAGAGCCUUUGCAUCUUAGGGCUGUGCAUUCACACAGUCCUCAGGGCUCAGUCUUUGAGGUAAGUGGAAUCAGAGGGCCCUACUUUUUUUUUUAUCCUAACACACCCCUUUUCUAGUUGCUGUGGACCAAUGCAUCUCUCUGGAGGCAAAUACUAUCCAGCAAGCAGUCUACCUUGUCCUUUGUAAUUGAUCUGCUCCGUGUCUUUCCUGCUACAAGUGUUUUAGAUGUUAUUACCUUAUUUUCCCCCAAGUUCUCUUGUCCUUAUAAACAGACAAUAGUGCACUUGGGCUUAAGGCCUAAGGAAGCCAGUCACUUUGGGGGCAAGGGUUCCUCUCUUCUUUCCUCUCCAUCUAUGGCACUGAACCACUCCCCUGCUGCCUCUGCAGAAGAGAUUCCUAUUAUUGCAGCACUUGUCUGCUAGAGGUAACUUGGCCACUGUCCCUGUCAUUCUACAGAACCUGAGGGAGGAGGUGGUGGCUGUGUCUCUCCCCAAGUAAUGUCACUGUUACUCUUCCUUCAGCAGCUGACCUGACCAUUCUGAGUCACAGGUGUGUGGGAGGGGGAGCGGCACUCAAGCUGUAACCCCCAAGGGGGGAAAUAACCAAGAGAUUCUUCCAGGGGUAGCUGGUGGUUGUGCCUUUUGUAGGCUGUUCCCUUUGCCUUAAACGUGAAGAUGUCUCCUCAAGCCUGUGGGCAGCAUGCCCAGAUUCCCAGACCUUAAGACACUGUGACAGUUGUCUCUGUUGGUCCGCUGUGUUUCACUGCAAGAAUUUCUCCAUGUGUGUUGUUUUUGUUACUAUUUUAAAGGGUGCACAUUUGUGAUCAGCAUCGUGACUUGAAGAUAAUAAAAUUUAGACUGUAAACGUG